GUUGAGAGGAUGUGAUGUAUGUGGACAACGCAGGAACCUUAAACAAAUGCCACGCCACCACCACAGUUUUAGCUUUCCCUUUCUUAAAUAAAAAGAAGUUGAUUUGAAUCCAAACAUACCUUCUCUCUUCUCUUCUCUUCCCCAAAACUCGAAACUGCAAUUCUUUCUUUCAACCCAAAUUCCCUCUCUCUUCCUCUCCUAUUUGACUCCUCACUCCUCAGGACUCCUAAAAGCUUCAAUCUUUUUCACUCCUAACCCCCUUCUAUGCUCCAAUACAACAAUCAGUGAUUUCAGAAGGUAUUAGUGGCCAUACGGUUCAAACUACACAUUCUUAAAUCAUAGUUUCUAUCAUCGGUAACUCAGGGCUAAGACAUGUCAGGUGGAGGAGAAUCCCGAAAAAUUUCGUGUGAAGAUUUACAAAUGGUGCAAAAUCGUAUAGAGCGGUGUCUUCAGCACUACAUGAGUCGGGACGAAGUUGUUAAUACCCUCUUCGUUAGGGACAAUAUCGAGCCGAGAUUUACUCAACUUAUUUGGCAAAAUCUUGUGGAACAAAACCAGGAAUUUUUCGAGGCGUAUUUCCAGUAUUUGAUGCUCAAGGAUCAGAUUUUGAAGUUCAAUGAGUUGCUUUCGAAACAAGCGGCAUUAAUGCGUCAACCGGGACUGACCGCAAUUCCGUCUUUACCUGUGUCUAAUGGCUCUCAUAUUUCACCAAUAUAUCAGAACUCGAGAUGCCAUAUUGCAGAAAACGUUGGAGCUUCGACGAAUCCCGAGGAAAUGCAGACUUCUGUCCCGACCAAUUUGCCUAGCGCGUUUGGUAGUUGCGGCUCAACUCUUCACCCUUGCAUACAACCGGUGGGUAAUAUGUCUGCUCAAAACGGGAAGGUUGAUGUUAAUCCUAACAUGUUAGCUCACCCCUCGAACUUGGGAAUGACUCGAAACAGGGAGGUUGAUGUCAAUCCGAACAUGUUAGCUCACCCCUCGAGCGUGGGAAUGACUCAAAACGGCCGGGAGGUUGAUGUUAAUCCAAACAUGUUGUUAGCUCAACCCUCGAGCGUGGGGAUUACAUCAACAAUGAACGGGAAUUUGAUCAAGUUGGAGCCUAGCUAUAACAACCGAUCUCCUUUCGAUUUCGGCACGCACGGAAAUUUGUUCGAGUCCUGUUCUGCCAUGGGUGAUACUCCUACGUCAUUCAGUAGCGUCGAGUCUAAUACGCAACACCAUUGCGAUGCUCUCUAUGAUGGCGACUCAUCUUGGAUACGUCAAACCUUCGGUUUUGACUUGACAGCUGAAUUCUCUAAUAAUUCGGAUCUACUAGAGAACUCCUAUAAUAGGCCUCCUUUUCUCGCCAACAAUACGGGCAACUUGCUUGAUUCCAACGGGAAUAUCGAGCAGUUCAACAAUUCAUCGGGCUUGAGGUACGAAGGUUUCAGCAGUGAUUGAUCGUACGUUUGGCAGCGUGCUCCUAGUUCGAGUUCUUGUAAAUCCUAGAAGGAUCGAGGAUCAAAGAUAAUUCGCUCUUAGGAAUCGUGGGAAAUUCGCGCAAAAAAAAGCUGUAAAUGACAGCAUGAGAUGCAGCUGUAUCAUAAUCCUUUGCCCAUUGAAGGCUUUCUUUAGCUUAGAGAUUGAGUUGACAGAGGCUGGUAGAUAGGUGCAACAGAUACAAUGCAAGUUUAUCAUAUGUAAUAAAGUCUAAGGCUGCUUUCCAUAUUUUGAUUUGAUGUUUUUAAUGUUAGUGUUUGGGGAUGUGAUGUUGCAGUUAACCUUAUUUGUACUUCCCAUGCUUUCUCUUUCAUUUCCUUCUUCAUAUCAAUUAUAAUAUUCUUAUUUUUAGGUGA